UCGGGCGCCAUGUCCCGCCGCAGCCAGCGCCUGGGCACCUCGCGCUACUACGCGGGCGAUGAGGACGCGGCCGCCAGCAGCAGCGGCGGCAGCAGCUCCCUGCCGGGCGGGCUGCAGCCCCCCUUCAAGGAGGCCGCCCCCAGAACCAUCAGGAGGAAAUCGAGCAGCAUGAAGCGCCUCUCGCCCGGCCCCAGCACCCAGACCACCUACUACAGCGAGUCCAUGAUGAGCGAGUCCUACCUGGGCGGCAGCAGGCCGCUCUCRGCCCUGGGCAGCUCGGCCUUCGACRACGGCCUGGACAGCAGCAGCUUCUGGGGUGGGGAGCUCUCGAUGAGGAGGAGAAGAGGGACGGGGGAUACCGAGGCCAGUAAAACCAACGGGCUGGUGGAGAGCAAGACGUACGACACGUACGCCUCCUCGUCCGGCUACUCCUCGGAAGAYGACUAUGGUGGUCACUUUAGCUCGGGCCAGAGCAGCUCCGGGUCGGGGCUCCGGAGCGCAGCCUCCCGCRUCGGCUCCUUCCUCUGGCACGUGCUCACCUCUCCGGGUGAGUGUGGGCAUACGGGUGGCUUCCCACGGCACCUUGAUGCUUUGUGGGGCUCUGCCCUCCCCACGAGACCGCGAGCACUAUUGCCUGCUCGGGUGGAUGCUCCUUGGGUAGAUCCGUCUCUCACAGCCCGGUUCCUGGGCUGGCUGCUCUUGGGGGUCAGAGGCGCGUGGCGCCGGCUCGGCGGCGGAGCUGCCCCGAUGGACGGCAUUGCCCCGCGGAGCUCUCCCUACCGAUCCCCCAUUUCUGGCUCGAGCCCAAAGGAGGGCCACGCAUGGGAGAAGGCAGCUGCGGCCGCACAGGCGCCUCUUUCUUCUCGCCUCUCCAGAGGCUGUUCGGCUCUGAAGAAGUUCCUGCUGCUGCUGCUGCUCCUGCUGCUCCUCGCUGCGGUCGCCUAUGCCACUUGGUAUUUCUACCCGUAUGGCCUGUCCACGCUCAGCUUCCCUGCGUUUCCCUGGGGAUCUGCCAGAGUCUCCUCCCCUGGAGGAGCUGACGUGCAGGGAGCUUGGGACCUGACUGCCCUGGAUCAGGGGCCGAGCGGGACGCCGCAGCUCCUGGCGCGGCUGCAGGCCCUGGAGCAGCGGCUCGAGGCGCUGGAGGCCGAGGCGUCGCGGUGGCGGCCGCGGAGGGGCGAGCUGCAGCAGGGGGACGCGCUGGCGCUGCUCGAGGGGCUGCUGAGCCGGCGGCAAGAGGAGCUCGCGGAGCACGUGCGCCGCGGCCAGGGAGAGCUGGACGCCCUCCGAGCCCAGGUGCAGGGCGAUUUGAACGAGCGCCUGGGGAAGGUCGCGCAAGCCUCGCAGGAGAUGGAGGCCCGCUUGCUCAAGCUGAACUCGGAGUGGCAGAGCUCCACGCAGGAGGCCCUGAGGGGGAGCUUCCAGMAGGACAUGGACAAACUGGAGCGGGAGCUGGCGGGCCUGAAGAGGGAGCUGGCACUCCURAAGUCGGACCAGGAGGUGGUGGGGAAGCACAUGGAGGUCAUGCUGGAGCAGAUCAAGGGAGUGCGAACAGACGUGGAAGGACAGAUCCCAGCCUGGGUGAGCCAGUUCUUGUCGCAGCCACGGCGGGACGGUGCAGCCGGCCUCUUCCUGCAGCGGGAAGACUUGCAAGCUGAGCUCCAGGCCCUGGAGCGCAGGAUCCUCGCCAAGGUCUUGGAGGAGCGGGCGCUUUCGGCACAGGACGCCCAGGCUGGCAUUGGAGUGGCCCUGCAGCACGGGGGCAUGGCAGGCGUCACKGAGGAGCAAGUGCACCGCAUCGUGGAGCAGGCCCUGCGGCGCUACAGCGAGGACCGCGUGGGCAUGGUGGACUACGCGCUGGAGUCGGCAGGGGCCAGCGUCAUUAACACCCGCUGCUCGGAGACCUACGAGACCAAGACGGCGCUGCUGAGCCUCUUCGGGAUCCCGCUGUGGUACCACUCGCAGUCCCCGCGCGUCAUCCUGCAGCCAGACGUCAACCCYGGGAACUGCUGGGCAUUCCGUGGAUCCCAGGGCUUUGCGGUGAUCCGCCUCUCCAGCCCCAUCCGUCCCACGGCUGUGACGCUGGAGCACAUCCCGAGAAACCUCUCGCCCCAGGGGACCAUCCCUAGUGCUCCCAAGGACUUCACUGUCUACGGUUUGAAAGAGGAAAGAGAGGAGGAGGGCGCCCUCCUUGGACAGUUCACCUACAACCACGAUGGUGACCCCAUCCAGACGUUCUACUUGAAGAGUGAAGAUGGGGCCACGUUCCAGCUGGUGGAGCUCCGGAUCCUGAGCAACUGGGGGCACCCCGAAUACACCUGCAUCUACCGCUUCCGCGUGCACGGGGAGCCAGUGCACUGACCCCCCCGCCCGACCGUCCGUCCCGGCCGGCCGCCCCGGUCCCGCACGGGCAGCGCGGGAUGAUGGCGCAGGGAGGAGGCUGCCUGGAAGAGAGCGACAGGGAAUUCGUCCAUUUUUUUGCYGCUUCACAUGUAAAAAAACGCUGGGAGGUUCAUGCAGCCCCCCUGGAGAACUUGUUCCCCUUCAGCUUUUCUGUGCUGCUGCUUGCAGAGGGGGAAAAUUGGUAUUUAGGGGAGAAGACUGUAGUCUUCAGAGGACGGGGUGGUAAGGCAAGAGCAUCCURUGUGGGUCCUAGCAUGGCCUGGGUUCUUUUCCACGCAUAUCGGACUCUUUGACUUUUUAAGCUAGCUUUUUAUCAGGCCGGUGCAGUCCACRUGUCCCCUCUUUCCCCACCUCCUUUCUGAUGGCGCACGCAACCUUCCUGUGGCUUGUGGAAGGUGUCUGUAAUCCUGUGUGCUGCUUCAUGCAGGCUUGGGCAUGUUGCAGCGUGCGUGGCCUUGGUGACCGGUUUGGUGACUUCAAAGCACGUGGGGAGCUUGUCACGAGCAGCGAGUCUCGUGUCGCUGUCACCUCCCUUCUGCUUGGGGCCAUCCUUC